AUGCUGAGUAAACCUAUUGAGUUCCCGUUGGCAGGCUGCCUGGAGUAUGCGAGCAGCCACUCGAUCAGGGUCUUUGCCACGAUCUGCGGGCUGAACCUGGCGAUCUUCGUUGUAGCUCACUUCGGCGAUGUCACCACCAGGCCCAUGUGGGUCACCAGCCACCAGCCCAUUCUGAUAGGAUUCGGCAUCCAGCGGCGGCGGAUGGAGCUCACGGAGCAGGGCAUCGGCCACCCCACUGCCGUGGGCGGCGCUCGGUCUUACAGGGAGGGCAUCGGGGCGAGCGAUGCAGCGCCUCACCAGGCCGCCAAGGGGAGCGGGUUGCGCGAGGGCAUCGGCCACCCCACCGCUGUGGGCCUCGCUCGGUCUUGUAGGGAGGGCAUCAGGGCGAGCGAUGCAGCGCCUCACCAGGCCGCCAAGAGCAUCCUCCUGUGCGAGGGCAUCGAUCACCCCACCGCUGUGGGCCUCGCUCGGUCUUAUAGGGAGGGCAUCGGGGCGAGCGAUGCAGCGCAUCACCAGGCCGCCAAGAGCAUCCUCCUGUGCGAGGGCAUCGAUCACCCCACCGCUGCGGGCCUCGCUCGGUCUUAUAGGGAGGGCAUCGGGGCGAGCGAUGCAGCGCCUCACCAGGCCGCCAAGAGCAUCCUCCUGUGCGAGGGCAUCGAUCACCCCACCGCUGUGGGCCUCGCUCGGGCUUACAGGGAGGGCGACGGGGCGAGCGUCGCUGCACCUCCCCAGGCCGCCUUCAGCAUCUCCGUGUGCGAGGGCAUCGGCAACCCCACCGCUGUGGGCCUCGCUCGGUCUUACAGGGAGGGCAUCGGGGCGAGCGACGCAGCGCCUCACCAGGCCGCCAAGAGCACCCUCCUGUGCGAGGGCAUCGACCACCCCACCGCUGUGGGCCUCGCUCGGGCUUACAAGGAGGGCGACGGGGCGAACGUCGCAACACCUCACCAGGCCGCCAGGAGCAUCGUCAUGUGCGAGGGCAUCGGCCACCCCACCGCUGUGGGCCUCGCUCGGUCUUACAGGGAGGGCAUCGGGGCGAGCGAUGCAGCACCUCACCAGGCCGCCAGGAGCACCUCCGUGUGUGAGGGCAUCGGCCACCCCACCGCUGUGGGCCUCACUAGCAGCGUACCCUUGCCCCUGGGCGCUCGGGGCGCGGCUGCUCUCGCCAUCGGCGAGCCCACCUGGGCCAGCAGUCGCAGCCGGCGUUGGGGCCUGCAGCCUGGGGUGCACCUGGCCACCUUGCCGUUCACUGAAGUGGUCCUGUGGGAUGUUGAGCUUGUCCACCGUCUUGGUCACAUACUCUCGAACUUGCAUGACAUGCUGGACCCACCUGGCCGCUGCCUUCCACGCGGUGACGUGGGGACCAUGUCGGGCACGUCUGGCUGGAGUCCCCCCCUGGAGAUGUCGCACGCGCUGCUGGACUGGGCCCCCUCGGCCUACGUAGUACUGCUUGCGCUGGCCGACGAUGUCGUGCCUGCCCGCCAGGUCCUCCUCGUUGCCUCGUAUGACCAGGUCCCAUGCUGUGGCCAGCUGGGGCAGCGUCUGUGCCCGAUCGAUAGAUAG